AGAGCAAUUAUUCCUUGUUCGUUUUCGUUGAGCCAGAACAUUUAUGAAUGCUUAUUGCUUUUUUUCUCUCUUAUGGAUCUUUUUAUGAAUGAUUGUUGGCAUAUAAAUGCCAAAAGACAAACAUGACAUCACAACAAAAAUUGGACUCAAUUCCAUCAAUUUUGCUUUAUCAAUCAGCCUCACUCUCUUCUUAACUAACUCAACUUCUUCUUGGUACCGACCAAAACCCUAAUUGUCCAUUUCCCUUUGUCUUUUAUGUUUCCCUUGUUCUUUUGCACUUAAUUAACACCUUUGAUCUGAUCUGUGUGAUCUGAUUGGUUCUGUCAGAAUUGGGACUUUGGAUUGAGAGGUUUUAGCCCUUCCUUUUGCAGCAUAUUUUGGGUUUUGAUGAAUCCAUUGACAUUCCUUCGUUAUUGGGGAAGGAAUGUGAGCUACUGUUUCAAUGAUUGCAGGGAUAUUGAGGGUUUCAUAGAAUCCUGUGUUAUGUUAUGAUAGGUUGUGGUUUUUUACUUUGCUUGCUGCUCUUGGAAUUCUGGGCUGGUGGAAUUUGGUGUGGGUUUUGAUUCUGUGUGUCUGAGGAAGUUCAAGGAUUUGGACAUGAGAAGCUCCUGGUUCAAUAAAUUGUCAAUCAUUAUUGGCCCUAGACCUCCUGUGAACUGGUUAUUCUUGUGCCUAAUCAGCCUGCUUGUGCUGAUUGUUGUUCUGGGUUCAUCUUCUUCUAAUAUUGAUGAUCAGGCGCCUGAUAUUCCGGUUUCUCUCAUCUACACAAACUAUAGGAGGGUUAAGGAGCAGGCGGUGGUUGAUUAUUUAGAGUUAAGGUCUGUGGCACGGGGUGUCUCUAGACAAAGAGAAUUUGAUCUUUGUGGCAAGGAAAGAGAGAAUUUUGUGCCUUGUUACAAUGUUUCAGCCAAUUUGUUAGCAGGGUUUAAAGACGGAGAGGAGUUUGACCGGCAUUGUGAACUGUUAGUUGAAGCAGAGAGGUGUCUGGUUCGCCCUCCUAAGGAAUAUAAAAUUCCCCUGCAAUGGCCAGCUGGCAGGGAUGUCAUAUGGAGUGGAAAUGUGAAGAUAACCAAAAACCAAUUUCUUGCAUCUGGAAGUAUGACCAAAAGGUUAAUGCUUCUAGAAGAGAAUCAAAUUGCUUUCCACUCAGAGGAUGGACUGAUCUAUGACGGUAUGAAAGAUUACUCUCGCCAACUUGCAGAGAUGAUAGGGUUGGGAAGUGACAACGAGCUUCCUCAAGCUGGUGUUCGCACUAUACUGGACAUUAAUUGUGGAUUUGGUAGCUUUGCAGCUCAUUUGGCAUCAUUGAAAAUAAUGACAGUUUGCAUUGCUCCAUAUGAGGCAACAGGUAGCCAGGUUCAGUUGGCCCUUGAGAGAGGCCUUCCUGCUGUGAUUGGCAACUUCGUUGCAAGACAGCUUUCAUAUCCUUCAUUAUCAUAUGACAUGGUUCAUUGUGCUCAAUGUGGCAUCAUUUGGGAUGGAAAAGAUGGAAGGUUCCUUAUAGAAGUUGACCGUGUUCUUAAACCUGGAGGAUACUUUGUAUUAACCUCACCAACAAGCAGGUCACAGGGAAGUUCAUCACAAAUGAAAAGGAGGAACAUGUUGAUGCCAAUGGAAGAGCUGACCCAGCAACUCUGUUGGACUCUUCUAGCUCAGCAAGAUGAGACAUUCAUCUGGCAGAAGACUGCUGAUGUUAAUUGCUAUGCAUAUCGAAAGAAGCAUGCUAUACCAUUAUGCAAGGAAGAUGAUGAUGCUCAGUCAUAUUAUCGGCCUCUUCAACCAUGUAUAAGUGGGACCUCUAGCAAGCGCUGGAUUGCAAUACAGAAUAGAUCCUCUGGAUCAGAAUUGAGUUCAGCUGAGCUUAAAAUUAAUGGUGUUCAGCCUGAAGAUUUUUUUGAAGACUUACAAUUCUGGAGAUCAGCUCUCAAGAACUAUUGGUCUUUGCUUACACCACUAAUUUUCUCCGAUCAUCCAAAGAGACCAGGAGAUGAAGAUCCAUUACCUCCAUUUAACAUGAUACGUAAUGUGAUGGACAUGAGUACAAAAUUUGGGGGGUUGAACACUGCCCUUCUAGAAGAGAAAAAAUCAGUUUGGGUUAUGAACGUUGUUCCUGCAACUGCUUCUAAUUCACUUCCUUUUCUACUAGAUAGAGGCUUUGCUGGUGUUAUGCAUGACUGGUGUGAACCUUUCCCUACGUACCCCCGGACAUAUGAUAUGCUUCAUGCAAAUGGAAUUCUUUCUCAUCUCACUUCAGAGAGGUGCAGCUUGAUGAACUUAUUCUUGGAGAUGGACAGAAUACUGCGUCCAGAGGGAUGGGUCAUUCUUUCUGAUAACAUGGGAGCUAUAGAGAUGGCUCGCACACUUGCUGCACAAGUACGUUGGGAAGCAAGGAUAAUUGACCUUCAGAAUGGCAGUGAUCAGCGGCUUCUUGUUUGCCAGAAACCAUUUCUGAAAAAAUGAUUGGAUUGACUCUGUUAUGUUUCACCCUGUGGGAAUGGAUUGUUCAGCAGGCACAGGUUGUAUUUGUAUAUAUUGCACGGAGCCUUGACAUUUUUCCAUCUUUUUGCGUAAUUGGGCAGGAGGAUUGUGGAAGCUGUAGAUUGUGGAUGUUCAAGUUGAACUCAGGCUCCAAUUCGUUUUAUUGGUCAGAGGUGUUUGUAGUAAUUCAUUCAUUUAUAUCUUGUUAGCAUUUUUUGGCUUAAUGAUUUAUUUUAUUGAUCAUUGGACUUUGGACGUAAAUGUCAACUUGUUAAACAAUCACACUGAUUUUUAUAAGAAAGAAUAUGAAUGGGCACGAAAUAUAAAAAUGAAUUUAAGAUUGUAACA